AUGCUUGUACCUGCACUAAUCAGUGCUGAACGUGAUGGAGGGCAGCGUGGUCAGCAAAGACGUGGUCAACGGGACGAUGGUCGAAAUAGAGGCUCUGAUUUCGGCAAUAGAAGAUCUAAAUGUGGCGAUUUGUUUGAUCAAACGUUUCAAAUUAAAAUAGACUUCAGUAGUGCUUAUGUUUUCGAAUUAAUUCUUAUUAAUGAAGAUGGCACAGUUGAUAUCAUUGACAAUACACAAGAAGGUGUCGUUAUAGCACAGGGAUUCCCUAAUCAAGGAUUUACAUCUGGACUUGGAAGAUGGACAUGUGUUGGAAGAAACCGCAUUGAAAUCCGCUCUGGUGGUUAUAAUUAUGCCAAUGCCGCCAUUAAUGCUUCAAGCACACUAUUCUUCAAUAAGUAUCUUUUAGAGUUCGAUAAUAAUUGUGAACAUGUGCACGGAACAGUGAAAGCCGUUAAUUAUCCACUUGGUGCUUAUCCAAUGGAUCGCAGCGCACAGCCAAUACCUGGUCAAACAACUGAAUCAACCAAUGUUCAAGGUCGGCGAUUUCGGUAUUUUUAA